UCCCUCAUUAGGCCUAAAUUUACCUCUGUCCUCCACAAACAUGGCCUUAGCUCAUUUUUAUUGCUGUAAAUUAUUUAUGAGGGAAAUGUUGCAUCUUCGAAACUGAGGUGUGAGGAAAAUUAAUCCCAUGUUACUUUUAUCUCUCAAUACUUUUCUCCCCCUCGCUUCAUUUACUGGGUUACUGCUAGAGAAGGGAGAGCUUUGGCAUUUUAAAAUAUAAUUGGUUCUGAGAGCGCUUUCUUGAUCAGGUAUGGGAUGGGAAGUCCGGUCUCUCUCUGCCCAGUGUGUGGAAAGUAGACCAGACUGGGGAGGGUCAGAGGCCCCUGGGGCUCUACCUUCUGCCAGCCCAUGGCAUCUGAGAACUCCAGGCCUCUGUUUCUUUCCUCUAAAAUAGGGAUUAAUAUGCUUCAGUCCCCUUCUUAGGUGUGGUGUGAGCAUCCGUUGAGGAGCCGGAGAAAGCUUUUUUGGUAAUUGCUGGGCACUGCUCAGAUGCGGGGAGGUGUGUCAGUGCGUUCUGUGUGCAGCUAGAAUUUGGAGCUGGAGGUGGAUGCCGGGCUGGGCAAAGAGCUGAGGAGGACGCCCGUCGUUGCAAGCAGGCCUGGCAUUUUCUGCUGCAGCCCAGUGUCAGCGUCUUGCGAGACAGGAGGAAGCCACCAUGCCUGAAGUCAAAGACCUUUCAGAAGCCUUGCCAGAGACGUCAAUGGAUCCCAUCACAGGAGUCGGGGUGGUGGCUUCUCGGAACCGAGCCCCAACAGGCUACGACGUGGUCGCGCAGACAGCAGAUGGUGUGGACGCUGACCUCUGGAAAGACGGCUUAUUUAAAUCCAAGGUUACCCGAUACCUGUGCUUCACAAGAUCCUUUUCCAAAGAAAAUAGCCAUUUAGGGAACGUGUUAGUGGACAUGAAGCUCAUCGACAUCAAGGACACUCUGCCUGUUGGCUUCAUCCCGAUUCAGGAAACGGUGGACACACAGGAAGUGGCUUUUAGGAAGAAGAGGCUGUGCAUUAAAUUUAUCCCGCGGGAUUCAACCGAAGCGGCCAUUUGUGACAUUCGGAUCAUGGGCCGGACCAAGCAGGCCCCACCUCAGUACACGUUCAUUGGGGAACUGAACAGCAUGGGAAUCUGGUACCGAAUGGGCCGAGUACCACGAAGUCAUGAUGCGUCUCAGCCCACAACGCCUUCCCCGUCAUCCGCUGCUUCCACCCCAGCCCCCAGCCUUCCCAGGCACAUCUCUCUCACGCUCCCCGCUACCUUCCGAGGCAGGAACAGCACUCGGGCUGACUAUGAAUACCAGCACUCCAAUCUCUAUGCCAUCUCAGGUGACAGUUGGAGGAAAAGCCCGUUCCCAGCAGCCCGGGUGCACACAGAAGCAGGGGCAGCUGGUGAAAGCCUUCUUCAGGCAUUCAAAACGAGAUGCCUUUUUUCCCCUUUGGAAGACGGAGGAAGGAGAGAGGUUGCCGAGAAGCCUGGAGGGUCUUCUCGCUGUGUGUGCCCUUACGCACAGGAUGUGCACGAGCACGUCUGUGUGGCCGCACGCACGCGCGCCCCGUGCACACCGACACACACCCCGGGCUCUCGGGUAGAGUUUACAUUGGGCCCGCUGUUGGGUGUCGGCCUUUCAGCCAGUGGUUUAUGAAACCCAGAAGGGCCGCUCCGCAGCGGUCAUUCUGCUCGAUUCUGGGCCGUAAAGGGCAGAGAAGGCAGCCCAGGCAGGGGCUCUCCUCCAGGGACACGUGCACACCCAGUCCCGUCUCCUGUCUGUAUCGUCAGCAUCACCAGUCCUGCCACCAUGCAGACCUGGCGUGGGGGUUCUCAGGGCCCCAAGAGGGCAGAGUGAGAGAGAGGAAACCAGUGUCUUUUGUGCCAUCAGGGAAACUCUAAGCCAGGCGGCGACACGGUGAAACCAGGGGACAGAGUCAGACGUGCGAGCCCGUGGCUCUGAUCUGGCGCCGCCCGUUAGCGCCUUCCCUCGGUCCCUUCGGCAGUUUGAAUCCAUCUCGCUGUACCAAGGCCUUGCCCUUCGGCUUUUACUUUCAAACUUCAAAGAUUACUUUUGAAAUAGUUUUUCCAAUGAAAUUCCAGAGGUUUUACACAUGUGUGAAAGGAGGAGCUUGGCUAUUAAAACGUGUUUGCUCUGCCCGUCGGUCCUCUUAACUACAAAGGUUCCGAGACCGCCCCCACUUUGUUCCCUUAAAUGUUAAACCAGCUUCCUCACCGCCACGUGGUGUUUCGCCCCAGCCUCUUCCUGGCGUCCCCAGACUGGUUUCUGUUCAGCUGGAGCCUCACAGGGCAAAAUUGAUCUUUUUCUUUUUUUUUGUUUUUAUUACUGGAAGAAUUAUUUUGUGUUUGGGCACUGUUCACAGCUCACUGCCAUGAAGCCCGGUCUGCGUAACUGAGACAGCUCUGGUGUCCAGUGUUGGGCAGAACGGGUGGUGGCCCUGGCUGCAGUUCAAAGCACUUCCCAUCUGAGAGUGGGAGUAAGUUUUCGGUGGGUGGAAUGUGGGCAUGGUUGAUUUUAACCUCUGCGUGUCUUUAGCCCCACAGAGACCCAACUAAAUAAUUGAGGUGAGGGUGAAUUUCUCUGUCCCUGAUGCCCACAUCUUGUGUUUUUGCUGUCAUGGGUGAUUCUAGAACAGUAAACUUUGAUAGGCCACCGUAAACAUCUCUUCCGAAUACAGUAAUCAGACCACGGAUGUUUUCAGGGAAUGGCUCCCUGAAAGAUAUUCCCCAGAUUUAAAAACAGCUUUUUAGCCCAUAAUUUCUCCCACAAAAGCCUAGCAAUGUAAAAGUGAAACGUUUUGUUGAGCCUGUAGAACUAACGAUUCUAUAAAUAAAAAUUGACAUCAUUUAUAAAGUUU